AUGGACAUGGCCAACCAGCUGCUAAAUCAAUUAGCUAAUGGAAAUUUUACACAACUGACUUUAAACCUAUCCCAAAAUGGUAAAGAAAUUGCUAUUUUACAGCAACAAUUGACCGGAUUUGAUGAUAAACACCUGGAAACAUUGGUCGAACAACAUCCGGCCAUGCCCAAUGAUACGAGAUUCAAAAUCAUGUGCACAUCGUAUCUAAAUUAUGCCCGAGAUGUCGACCCAUGGUCUGUCUGGUCCAGUUCGGAUCUCAUUUUUGAGUUUUAUCAAUGUUUAAUCAACUGCCUCAUCAACGACAAUGCUCCUCACAUCGAGGCAUUAAUACCGGUAGCAACGAGAGAAACAGAACUUAUCAUCGGUCUCGCUGAGAAGCUCGACUCUUUUCACUUGCAACUGCAUACGAGGAGUCACCAAUUUUUAUCGCAUAUAUCGUCCAUCCUAUCAAGAUUAUUUAACAGCAUCAAGCCCCCACGAGGUGGCGCAUCCUCCACGAGUAUACUUGGAAAACAGCGAAUACUGCUCUACUUGGUCAAUAAACUAAAUAACAUCUACUUCAGGAUCGAGUCACCGCAACUGUGUUCCAAUAUCUUCAAGAACUUUCAGCCAAAGAGCAUGCUCGCACAUUUCAACGAAUACCAGCUAGACCAGCAGAUAGAAUACAGAUACCUCCUUGGAAGGUACUAUUUGUUAAACUCUCAAGUACACAAUGCCUUCGUUCAAUUCAACGAGGCUUUCCAGUCGUUAUUAAGCUUGCCCUUGACGAACCAGGCAAUCAUUAGGAAUGGCACAAGAAUAUUAAAUUACAUGAUUCCUACAGGAUUGAUACUGGGCAAAAUGGUUAAAUGGGAACCGUUGCGACCGUUCCUUUCUCAAGAAAUAAUUGGUAACUGGAAUGCUCUGUAUAGAUAUGUACGCUUUGGGAACAUCCAAGGCGUGAGUCUCUGGCUGAGACAAAACGAGCGCCAUUUGUGUGCAAGACAGCUGCUAAUCGUGCUCUUAGAAAAAUUGCCCAUGGUCACAUACAGAAAUCUGGUCAAAACGGUAAUCAAAUUCUGGACCACCCAAUGGGGCCAGAACAAAUUACCGUACUCUUUAAUAGAACGGGCAUUGCAGCUAUCCAUUGGUCCAACAUGCGAGGAUUCCACUACCCAGGAAAUUACUAUUUAUAAUUGCAUUCACUCCCCCAGGAACGUCGAAAACGUACUUGUGACACUGAUUAACUUGGGCUUUUUACGUGCAAACUGUUUCCCACAGUUACAAUUAUGUGUCGUGAAAAAGACCACAAUGAUACAAGAAAUUGUUCCGCCUGUUAAUGAACGAAUCACCAAGAUGUUUCCAGCCCAUUCUCACGUUCUUUGGUGA